CGAUCCAGUGCGAGCUGUGCCUCUGCCUGUCCUGCUCGUACCGCAUGUGUUGUGUUGCAAUGUUUGCGGAGACGAAAUAGCCAUUGAAACAACGUGAGAUUCAGUGCGUGUUGCGAACAGGCCUACCUGCAUGACCAAUGAGAAAAGCGUUUGCGAACAGUUGGGUACGUUUUCACGGAACGGUGAACAACCGUCGUCGAGCGAACUGGACGAGCACACCAGCCACGCACGUGUGUGUGUAUUUCGUCGUCGCCGUUGUCGCCGUGAUAGUCGUCAUCGUCGACGUUGGCGUUUGAUCGUGCGCCGAUCAUCUCGAUUCCAGCGAUAACGAAAGCAAGCUGAUUCGACGAGAAAAUCGAGCCAAUUAGCUUCUUGACCGUUAGGAAAAAAGACAGCAGGGAACAAAGUAUCUUUUGCACAAAGGAAAGGGAACGAGAGCCAUCCGUUUCUGCGAGCAAAUGAAAAACGGCUUCUUUGUAGAUGAGAUAGUGUCAUCGUUAGUCUUUAUUCGGGUAUUUAUAGACACGAAGCCGAUGCACCCGACGGCGAUUUUACGAAGGUGAAAGAAACAGGUCUCGGGAUAGGUGGACGAGAAAGAGAGAAACAGGGAGGAGAGAGAAAAAAAGGAAACGGAUUUCUUCGACGCGCGGGCUUUUUUCCGGGUUACGGAUUUUACUGUGUGAGUGCGGCAUAGUUACACCAGCGUUAUUACGCUUAAGCGAGAAAAAGAGGGGCAGAAAAGUGGCUGGGAACAAGAGCGACAGGGCUACCUGAGACUAGACAGAGAGAAGGCUUCGAUAGUGAAACGGAGUGAGAACCAGAUCGUCGAGCAGGGGUCGUGAGGAGAAGGAAGAAGGGAUCUCCGUCAAAAUGUCGCUGAAAACACCAACGCGGAUACAGUGAUCGCUUUUUUCUCAUUUAACAGGGGGUUUUUGGUGAAGCUGAUCAUCAAAGUCUUGAAAUUAUGGUGUCGACUCGUCUAUCAAGUAGUAUGGGAGGAGGCAAUGGAGGUGCUCCGGCUGCCGAAGUUGCAGAUGUGAAUUCAUCUAAAAAACAUCAAUCUGCAAUGACCAGCAUGGACAGUGGAGCCGCAACUUUGGAGAGCCAUGUACACCUCCUCGACCUGCCAGUGGAAGUCCUUGAAAAGAUUUUUAGCUACUUGGACUACAACACAGUGGCUCAUUUACGUCCAGUCUGCCAUCAAAUGGAUCGAGUUUGUGGAUCAAUUUUGAAUUCGACAUUUCAGAAGUUGCAGGCACAAAUGUUGAGCCGCUUUCAGGCGAUCAAAGCACAGAUGCCGAGACGUGAAUCUGCGCGUCGUAAUCAUCCGCUGGCAUGUGAAUCCGAUAUCAUUGAAACUCUUCACAUGCGCCUCACUUUGCUGCAAAUGAGCUUCGGCAAACAUAUUGAACGCAAGCAUUGUUGUUUUUUUCCUGGAGAGAUUUUAGAUGAGGUUUAUCGUAUUUUACACUAUAUUAAAAUUACUCCUAAAUUAGCCAGACCAUAUAAAGUUACAGAUGAGUUGUUUGAUUUAAGUACUAUGGCUAUGGAGUACUUCAAGGAACGCAUUGAGCCAACAUUACCAGAAAUCCCUUAUUUUGGAGCCGAUUUCCUAGAUCUUGCUGGGACUUUCUCUUGUGAGCAAUCGAAUGAAAUUGUUCACUUCGGAUUGAACGAGAUCGCGUCACUUAAUUCAAAUGUUACAGCUUCUAGUAAUGUGAGCAAGCCAUUCAUAUGUCUUGACUCUGCACCAUUAACGGUUGGAAGUAGUAAAUCAGGGAAUAAUAGCGGAGAGGAAGGAUCUCCACCACACUCUUCGGACGAUCCUGCCUUACUGGAAUCCACCGUGUCGCCUCCACAAUCGAACAUGGUGUUGCGAAAACGAAUUCGUAAAAUCAAACAAGGCAUGAAGCGAUACAACAGUCAGUUAACGUUAAUGCGUAGAGAUCUACGAAAUUGUAAAGCAAAGAUAGCUGAACAGCAGAAACAAAUCGUUGAGUAUGCGACCCGUCUUGACGAAAACGAUAAAAAGAACGAGGAGACAUCCCGUAAAUUCAGCACACUCCUACAGGAAUUGAACAAGUGUAAAACAGAGCUUCAGUAUUGGCGAUCUAAGUCUCCGGCGAUACCAUUAUGUGUAGUCUGCGGCCAGUCUGUAUUAGUUGCGACGGAGGACCUGCAGGUUCUGACGAAUCAGGGUGUGGUAUCGGACACAGUCGACGAAGGGCUGGACUUUAUUCCUAUAACGGACGCACAGAGUCCGACAGAGGUUGCUCCGCAGCAACCGGUGGUCACGCAACAAAUUUCAUCGCCACCGACAUCAAUACUGUCGCCGCCAGUUGUGGAAAUGGCACCUCCGAAGGCUCCCGUGCCUUCAUUAUCUUCAAAACGGAAAUCAACCAUGGAGGAACCACCGAGCGAUGCCGCGAAGAAACCUCGCCGUGCCAAGUCACGCCAGGUUAAACGCUCGAAGAUAUAAAUCGAUUCUGAUAAUGGUACAAAAAUAUCUGUGUAACAAUUUUUACUGGGUUCUCAGAAGAGGUCUUUCUAUUUCGAGUAACGUGUCCCUUCACGCUAGCGAGCGAAUGAUCUUAGAAAAGUACAAAAUUCGUUCUUGAACGUCCUGCAUUUUACGCGCAACGAACCUUCGUUUCGAAAGAUAAAAUGAAAUUCUGGCCAUGUCGGUGAACCGCGCGAAGGGAAUUGAAUGCAAUUGAUUUUCCUAUUUUAUUACGGACGAUUUGUCACACACGGUGACGUCUACAAAUAUUCUAAAUGAUAGUUGAUCAUUCGUUUCGUUCGUAAAGGAAUGGAGGAACUACUUUUUUAGAACCCUUUUAAUUAUUAUUAUUAUUAUUGUCGUGAUGGUAUACACGCAAGGAUGAUAGAAGGGAUGAAUUUUGCAUAGAAUGCUUAUCUCGCAACAAUAAGACAUUAAUAGAGCAUAAUGUACGUCCUAUAUUUACGUGUAUAGUGGCGAGCAAGUAUUCACCUUCUGUAUUUCUUGAUCACGAACCAUGCACUGAUUUACCAUUAACUCGCUAAACAUUUCUGACAUUUGUUUUAUGGUUCGUCGUAAUAUUUUGUUUUAAAUGUUUCAUUCAUAACAGUCUGGCUAAAUAAUCUACUAGACAAUACAGAGAGAAAUACACAAACGCAAAAUUUGCUAGAGAAAAAAGAGAAGUGAUUUUUGUUUCAGAUUAAUUAUUUAUUACAGUUUUAAAUUGAAUGAAAUGUUAUUAGGCAGAAUUAUUUUUACACCUAGACAGAUGAAGUUUUCUUUGUAGAGAUUUCUAGAGAAAAUUUACGAAUGAAUAUCAGAUUUGAUUCUAGUGUUUUAUUUUGCAGCAUCAAUUACUAAGUACCUGAGAGGACUGAAUAGGAAUGGUUCGCGCAGGUACUCCAAUUUCAUAAUUUAGCUAACUCCACACACACACAACAAAUGGAGAAAUAAAAGAGAGUAAACUAUUAACUUUACAUCCAGAUAGUUUGUGUAUCUCACUUACGUUGUAUUAUCAAUUUAGGCCACAAAACGAAUAGUUAAAGUUAAAGGCUUUGAAAAUUGACUUCUGCAUAAUGAUAUGUGAUACAUUGGUUUUAUUUCUUUCUAUUUAUCAAUGAAUGAAUCAUUAAAGACGAUAAUCUAAUAGAGCAGCUCACCUAGAUAAAAUCAAAAUACUUGUAAUGGUAUAGUUUCGUGAGCCUUAAAAGGAAAUGUGACGUGGAGGAGAAAGUGAAUUGUAAAUGUGAACGGAAAAUUGCUGAAAUACCCUUAACGGGUGUUAUUUUUUUUUUCACCGUGUCAUCCUUUGAACAUGCGAUGUUUCUCGCAUGAGGUGAAUAUUGCAAUAUUAAUAGCGCUAGGAAAUAAUUUAUAGGAUCAAUUAUUUAUAGGAAAAUUAUCUAAUUGUUUGUAAACCGUUCUCAAUCGAUUUCCUAAUUUAUCGUAUUGAUCAUAUUGAUUAAAGAUCAAAUUUACGGAUUCCGCGCCAUGUUUUUGUGAGAAUAAAGUAAAAUCUAUACAUACGUACACAUAUAACUGAAAGAGACAAACAAUAAAAUUAUUCAAUGAAACAAGUGGAAAUUUCAUGUUCACGCUGUUUCUUUUAAAGGCCGGACAGAUUGCUCUGCGCGAUGCUCGAUAAUCGGUCUGUGUAGAUUCAAUUAAACAAUUAAUUAAUAUUAUUUGCACCAAUCCUAAUUAAUCUCAAUGAGACGUAGUUUGAAAUAUCGUGAGUUAAUUAUUAUUCAUGAUUCUAGUAAUGAAUAUAAAUGAUACCGAUAAUAAGUAAAUGAUACUUUAUUAUAAAUAUAUAAAUAAAAAUAUAUAUAUAUAUAUGAGUGCGGUACUUGCCAGGAUAUGCAUACCACACGGAACGGUUUAGUUUAAACUUUAAUGGAACAAUAAGAUAUAAUAAUUAAUGAUGAAAUAAUUAUCGAAAUAUAUAAAUAUAUAUAUAAUUUUUUAUUGAUGUCGAAAAUUAAUUAGGACAAACAAAAAGAUGGGAAAUAUGAACCUAGUGAGCAUGAAACGAUGGAACGAGUACGUCACACGUGUGUAUGAGAGACAGACAGUGAGUGAAAGAAAUAAGUACAUGUGAUUAUACACACGCAUAUACAUAUAUAUAUAUAUUGAAGAUACUAAAUUCAAACUUAAUGAGAAUUUACGAUGUGAUGCUUUAUCGAUUUAACUGCGGGAAAGUGACCUUUAUUCAAAUAAAAUACAUGUGGGGCGUUUCUGGCUACGGAAGAAAUUAGUAAAAGGAAGAGAAAAGAAAAAUAUGGAAUGAAACGAAAAAGAUGUGUUAAUUUUACUUAAUGUUAUGUUCAAUAUAGGAUUGCGGGGGCGGGCGUAAUUAAUUAAGACGCCGUGUCGGAAAUUUCGAAAUGCUUGCAUUGUAUGCUUCCAUCGCGAAUAGUGAUAUCGUUCUCUUUCGAUAAGAUUUAAGGAAAUUAAGGGAUACGAGAAGAGAAGUGACGAACGAACGAAAAAUCGCGCAACAAAACUCAUUUUUGUAUGAAUAUCUAUCUAGGCCCCUGAAUGUAACAGCAUCGUGUAUAAAACUGCAUCAAACUGUAUUUACGAGUAACCAAUCGUACCUUACGUACACCCACUGAAAUAUUUACAAUUCCGACGAUAUUAUACGUUGUCAGUUUAUUAUCUUAAAAUAGUUUACAGUCAUCGGCUUUCCGACAUUAUCCGUCCCCGAACGAUACAAAUGUAGUGUUGUGUACUACGUAUAUGAAUUUACUAAGAAUAUACAAUCGAAUAUAACACAAUGAAUACACAAUUAGAAGUAGAAUAAUUUGCUAAUUAGUAGCUGCUGUGCUGUUUUAUGAGAAUCACGAGCACAGAGAUGAUGAUAAUUUUCAACUUUCAAUGCGAACGAUUAAUCCGCGGACCAGUAUCUAUACACAGACAGGUAGAAAGGGUCACCGGAUCAUCGGGUACACAAUAUAAGCAAUUACGAACGGAGAUACUAUUCGUGUACGAUGAAAUCUAUAAAUAUGAACUUUCAGAGAAGUGGAUAGGAAUAUUAAGUAAUUGCUCGCUUUACGGUCCGAAACGCCGUACCCCGUCUGUAAAGAAUAUGAUUUAUCUUGAAUGGUUUUACAUGUAUUAAAGCGAAUGUAAAUAUAUAUAUUAGAUACACCUUAUAAUAAACGUAAUUUAACAUAAAGUCA